AUGGCGUCGGUUUCGCGUCUCCGCGCUAUCCUACAAUCCGCGUUCGGCUCUCGCGGUCUACCAAAUGGCGAACAGGAGUUCUUCGAGGAGCUCAUGGCCCACAAGCCACAACUUGUAAACCUGUGCGACAUUGGCGCGAGAAAUCCUCAGGAGCAACGCGAGCUUCAGACUGGGAAGAUAUUGAUCAAUGGACGCUCCGUGGCCGUGAACGCGGACUUUGCGCGACAAACCGAGUUCAUCUCCCAGCAGCUCGACUGUUCGGAACGCUAUGUCGCCGGCCUCCUACAACACGUUAUGACACACAACCCAAAUCUCACCUCAGAACAAACAAUCGAGGGUGUCAUCCUGGAGUACCAUACGCGCCGGCGCGAAACUGCAGAAUGCCUACGCAUCCUACUCGAGGCAGCGGAAAACGCAGAACGAGCAGACGCGCCACCGCUCUACCACCGUAUAAACCAGUUCGUCAGACAACAACUUCUCCAAGGCGGUGGGAGGACGGCAACGGGACUGUCACUUGCGAUGAAGAUCUUCCAGGAGAUUCACAACGUGGGGAACGCGCUCGCCAAGGCGCAGGCAGCGCGACAGAACGCACGCAGUGAGACAGUCGUCCCGAACCAAGAAGGGGUGAACGGGAGUCUGAGUGUUGACAUCCUGAAUGCACGCUGCGAUUCUCUGAACAACGAGCGGCGGACGCUAGCCCUUGCGUUGUUCUUCCUCGGACGAAUGGGUCUCCUCUCCUCCAAGGAAAUUCCAAAGAUCGUCGACUGGCUGAGUGCCAACGCCCGCCACCCAAUGGUGUGCUACCUCCUUCCCGUAGUCCUGGCGGCGUUCGACUCGGUGGACCCCAACUCACCAGGCGGUCAAGCGCGCAAGAAUUUCUUCGAAGAUGGAAGUCUUGUCCCAGAGAUGCAACGCAAGCUGGACCUGUCGAAGGAUUGGGCGGAGCCGGGGCUGAAGGCCACGGUGUUGCUCAAAUGGACGCUCUUCCUCACAACGAUGCGCCGCGCAGAUCCUUCGCUGGAGAAUACGGCAGGAUUCAAGUCGGACGAGCUGGAGACGCAGAUAUGGAACGCGGUCCAAGGAAACUGCUUCACCUAUCUGGCCCGCACGCUGACCCUCCAGAAGAGGCAAACCGGGUACCCAUCGACCUCAUACGCAUCUUCCGUCCUUGCAUUGACAGAGCAGGACCUGCAAGUCGAACCUCCCGCAGAAGACUUCCAGCCCAUCAUCCUGGAUGCGUUGGAGGUCCUGGUGCGUUCGCUGAUUACCCAGGCGUCGUCGGAGCUGCGGAAGAUCAAGCAGCGACAAGAAGACCUUCUCCACGCAAACGCACGGACAGACAGGUCGAGGAUGUUCCGUUCGUCGAUACAGCCUACGGCCGAGGCUGAGAAGCCUCCCCCACGCAACGAUAUGGCGAUGUUCUUCUCAUUCGUCGGAAUGCUCUAUGGGAUGCUUCCGGAGGAACGGGCAUUGCAUUUUUGGGGGGCUGGAACUGUGACUCCUGGUUUGCGGUCCUCGUACACCGAACAGCUGGAGCUUGCCUCGACAAAGCUGUAUGGUUUCCUACAAUGGUCUAUCUGGUCCACGCAAGCACGCGACGUCGACAUGUCGAUGGCGCUCUAUGACAUGCUCUCUGGUCUUGCAACGGGCCAGCAGUGCAGCGAGCUAGCAUACAACUACCUUGCGCGCGGCGGCGGAGAGGUGGUUCCUGGUGCCGCAUCGGCGUCUUCGGUAAACUACAACACUGGGCCUGCCGUCUCGUGGAGCUCGAUCUUUGCGUUGCUUGAAACAUGGGCAGCAGCCGGCGCACCUCCUCGCGCGAAUGGCGCCUCCGGUCAGUCCGUGGGCCCACAAGGUCAGGGUUUCACCGCGGGUCAAUCAUGGCAAGGCCAGCCACCACCACAGCGCCCACCGCAGCAGAUUCAGCUCUCUCAGCAGGAUGUUCUACUGGCGCAGGCCUUCCUCCGUCUACUCUCUGUGGUCGCUACCUGGUCCAUCCCCGCCAGGCUGACUAUAAGCGGUCAUGCGCGCUUCCGCGCUAUCCCUACGCUGGUCUCCCUGAUCCCGCUCGGCAUACCGCUCGAACUCAAAGGUGCCAUCUUUGAGACGCUCUCUGCCUUCUGUGCCCCGGGCGCCGGACCCCCUGGCGUGGAAGUAUGCAGGUCUGUGUGGUCACUCUUGGACCGGUUAGAGAUCAUCAACGUGCGACUUGUCCAAGGCGGAAACGCUCUCCCGGUGGGGCGAGGAGUCGAGCUGGAGCUGGAUGAGGUCGAAGCGGCAUAUAGGUUAUAUCCUUCCACCAUUCCUUUCCUCAAGCUCCUCAGCACGCUCAUUCACACACCGAAGCGGGUACCCCUUCGUGAACGCGUCGCCGGCCCAACACCCAUCGACACCAUCCCGGAGACCCUCGGUGCACCGCAUCGGACUCCUGGAAUCGGACCAUUCGUGUCGUUCGUUGUGGACAACGUCUUCGCGCGCAUACCAAUGCGGGAGUACCUCCGUCCUUCCGACAGAUGGCGGAUGAACGACCUGUGCCUCUGUUUCGUCGAGCGCUGCCUCGCCAGCUUCGAUCUGGAGUCCCUCGUUACCACCAUCGAGGAGUUACAGCCCACGCGAGAGGCUGUCAUCCAGCUCGCGAUCCACCCGGGCUUCGAGUUGAUGAAACGGUUACUCACUGCGUCGCCACUUCAGGCUGCCAUCCUGUCCUACCUUGUCCAAGGUUUGGAUGGUUUCGAGAAGGGUCUGGCCGCCGAAGAACCCUUCUAUCGGACCACGAUCAUCCGUGUCCUAAGAAUUGUUCAACGAGUCCUCGAGGCCCAGGACAUUUUCCUCGACGUCUUCCUACCCCUCCUUUCUGAGCUCAACGAGCCCUCUGUCACAGGCGAUGUCCCUUCCGGUUCCUACUUCAUCCGCCUCGACCAAGCCCUCUCAUUCGCUCCAGAAUAUGUCCCAGCAAUCGCCGCCUAUAUCUGCUUCCCCGCCUACCCCGAACUCAUGUUGCUUAGUGUCAAGAUACUUUCGAUGCUAGCCUCAUCCAUCGCUCUAUCGCAACUGGCGCUCAUCGUGGAUCGGAGCAGCGAGUCGAUCCGUAUUCUCGACGGCUACCUGCGCGCUCUGGACACGCACGUUGUGGAUGACGUCGAGGCCGCGGAGACGACGGCGGAACAAUGGACGGGAGCUGGAGCGCCUGACGUCGAAGGGCAGUCCAGCUUGCUUACCCAGGCUAUCCGCUUGGCGAUCCUGGAUAUGUUCAUCCAGAACACACAGAGCUGCCGCCCCUUCCCCAACGUCGCGCACUUCCUGCUGUUUGGUGGGGCGUCCACUGACAAGCAGAUCCAAGACCCUCAUGCCCUCGGUGCCCGGAGGUCUUGCGUGCACUCCAUCCUUGAUCUCGUCAACUUCGGUGUUGCACGCUUGAAGGGAAAGGAGAGCCGCCGGCGCCAUGCUCUCGGAGAGCCGCUUUUCGUGUCCCUCCCCGCAUUUGCUGAACGCUGCUACCAUGUCAUAUUCCAGCUCUGCCAACACCCUCGCACGUCGGAGCCCACGAUGCGGUACCUCAGGACAAGGGAGGACUUCUUCGCCCGUCAUCUCGCAGCUAUCCCGUUCAAGGUACCUGUCGCCGAGCAACAACCAGCCAUCGAAGUCGUUUACGGAGAUGGAUCGCGCAUCACCACUACCGUGACAACCUUGUCUUCCUUCCUGAAGCUGCGCUCCUGGAUACUAGACCUCGUUGCGCUCGACUUGCACGUGCUCACGAACCGCGGCCACUACAAGAGCGUCUCGGAGCUGUUGGAGCUCAUGUUCGGCAACGAGGAAGACUAUCUCGAGGACGGAACGGAGAACUGGGAGACGGAGGUGUUCCGGCCUUUCCACGAGGUCGGCCAGUCCCACUUGAGGAUGAUCGAGCUCGUCCAGUCGCUCGACUUCGACUGGUCGGAUGGCCUACUCGUCACGCCUUCCGAGAUCAACUUCCUGGCCCAACUCAACCUGCAGUCCUGCGUCCGCGUAGAUGAGUCUGGCUGUGAAAUCGUGGAUCGCACCGCUCUCCUGUCACUGCUAACGCUAGCGAAGAGGACGCUUUACCUGCAAGGGCGUAUCACUACGAAAGCUCACGGUCAAGCCCUGGAAGCGGAGACUGCCUACAUCCUGGAGAGUUGCGCCAUCGAGAACCACAGGCGAAAGAUCCGCUACGCUGCUGCUACCGGGUAUGAGGCCUGGCGCAGGCUGCUGGACAUGGCGUUGAUGAAAUGCUUCGAUCGACUGCCAUUCGACCGCCGAGAAAACAUGCUCUUCGACCUCCUUCACGUCCUCCCGGACUCUCUCCACUCUGCCAACAUGCAGGAGUCUACUGCCGUGCUGCUCUCGGAGACAAUCCUAUCGACUAUCACGAAACUUCGCGAGGACAGGCGCCAUCAAGUCCUCCUACAGUCCGCUGGUGGUGAUGGAGACGCCGGUGCGCUGCCCGCAGAACGACUCAAUGUCCUUCUUCGCAGCAUACUGGAGUGUAUCAUCGACAACAAUCGCCUCGAGCUCGUACGAGGUAACUUGUACGCCGCGCUUGUCAACUACCUGCACCUGGUGCUCCACGACGAAGGGGUAGAGGGGCCAAACGAUGAGGCCUUCCCCAGUCUUACCUCAUCGCUGUCCGUCGCGGCUAGCCGUGAUGACCUUGUGUUCAGCGACAGCAUGUCUCUCGUGUCCGUAUCGAGCCAGCUUGGGCGACAACCAAGCCAGUCCGCGGGCCUCAUUGCCACCAGUAUCUCGAUCCUCAAGCCGGCCAUCGAGCGCUUGGUGGCCACCGUCUCACGGGAUGCCAUCGACGGCACAGAAGUAUGGAAGACCGUCGCGUUCAUGCUGCUAGACUCGCUCGUCCGGCUAUCACGGUGGGAGAAGCACUCCUCGCCGCUGGCUGCGCUCACGAGGCAAGGAUUCUUGGGAGGCUUCGUGCGGGGGCUCAAGGAGUCCGACUUGAUGCUGCAAACAGUCCUCAAACCCGAUCCAGAGGACCUCAACCCCCUAUAUGUGUAUGAGGCUAAGAUGUCGCUCUUGAUACGGAUGGCGCAGUCAAGGCAAGGCGCAGAGCGGCUCCUGGAGGCGCGCGCGCUUCCGAUCCUGGCGGAUUGUGAUUACCUCGAUGCAAGACCUGAAGCCGACCAAGCUUUCCUAGAUCGUGAUAGCUUCUUGCCUUCUGCGGUACAACGUUAUCACCAGCUCUUCAUGCCAGCAUUGCAACUCGUGAGUGGGAUGCUCAUCACGCUAGGCCCCAAGCACACUACCGCGGCGAACCACGCGUUGCAAUUCUUGACUGCACAUAGGGACACCGUCGUCAUCCUCCUCAAAAACGAAGUAGACGAGCUCUCAAUAUCUGUCAUGGAAGAGAUCCGUCUCCUUGUAUCACUCUGCAGCAAUGUGGUGCACCUCGUACCAAAGACUGAGCUGCUUUCAAACUCUGGCUUCGGGACGUUGCACGGCGCCAUAUCCGGUCUUGCAGCAAGAUGUCUAGGCGAUCCCCACUGGACUGAGAGCGUAAAACCCCAAACCGAUGCAGAGUUGGCCGACGCAAGUUCACCGUCACUGCAGUACGGCCCCGAGUCGAAGUUCCGCGUUCAAGUACAUCUGAAGGAUGAGUUGCUCAAGAACGUCGUCGUCACAUAUCUAGGUGUCGCGAGCGACUUCACCGAAGCCGACUUCACGCUCGUCAUCUCCCCUGCAAUCACGGCACCGAAACACGAGGAGCGUCCUACACGGUUUAUCGCAACGGUUCCCACAAUCGGCGACGCCAUCGAGGCGCUGGACGACCUGUGCGAGAAUCUGACUAACGCGCUCAAGCGUAUCGCAGACCUCUCGGCGGAGCUAGCAUCGCGGGAGCACAUCAGGGUGGACAAUAUCCAGGAGGUUGUGCAGAUUUCCGAUCCAGGCUUGCUCGAGAAUCUCGACAUUCGCCAAAAGCAGUCGCUGAUCAGUCGUGUGCUCUCGCGCUGGAGGUCUGAUGUCAAACGGCGUGCGCAGACCAUCCUCAACUCGCUCGAGAUGCUCCAGCUCUUGCUCUGGCGACACCUCGUGUUCUACUCCGAGGGCCGUCACAUCAAUAACCCGGACCUGAAGGGCUCGAUCGCGCACACGAUGCGCUUCGCGUCGUCGCCCGACAUCGACACACUCCACACAGAGGCGCAGCGCCGGCUCGCGCGCGUGUUGAAGGCGUUCGAGGCGUUGGACUUGACGGAGGAGACGAUGGGCACCGAGUGGCGCUCGUACGACAGUUACCGCACGAUCAUGGUGCGGCGGCUCGCAGACGCGGUGGGGCUCGAGGACGAAGUCGAGGCGCGGGAGGCGGACUAA